UGUAUUAAGCCUGGGAGGACCGCUGGGUGUAAACAGUGCGAAAGGAAAGCUGUCAGUUUCCCCUUUUCUCUGGUGUUUUGAGGGGAAAUGAAGCCGAAACGGGGGCGAAGAAAGACAUAGGAUAAAGAAGAAAAAGAGAGGAUAGAAGUUUGGCUGUUCGCAUUGCGUGUCCUAUUCUGAAAAGGGGGUUAUAUUGGGAAAUUUGCUGAGGAAGAUGGGUUUGUUUUCACCAAGUGGACUUUAUCAUCAUGGUAACCCUGGCUCAUGACAGCAUGCUGAUUUGGUGUAUAUUGGACAUUUGCCUUUGAAACGCCAAAACCCACACAUUCUUGGUCCUGAUAGCAGGGGAGGACAUGAAUCCCUGGAAUGCAAAGAAUCUUUCAACUAUUUAUGGCAGAUAAGUUGCAAGCAUGGAUAGACUACGGCGAAUGGAACUAAUUGCACUAAAGAAGGAAGAGCAGGUAAUACGGGAAGUGAUGGAGAAAUACAAGAAUGCACUCAUCCGUCUCCAGGUAGAAGAGUUAACAAUUAUGCACCAACUGGGAGGCAAGGAAGAUCAGGAGCUGAAGUCUCGUAAUGCUCCUGUGUUGGAGGCAGACAUGAAUUCCUACCAGCAAAUCCAAUCCAAUCAGGCAUUGCCACCUUUACAGAUGUUGCCCAUAGGUGUCAAUGAUUGUACAGGUCCGAGUGAAAUAACCAUGAAGGAACUUCAAAUUAACCAGAGCACCCUGAAUCUAGAUGCUGCACCUCUCAUUCAGAGAAUGCUCCAAGACUCGGAAGCAUAUGAAGAGGAGGAGGAAGAAGAGGCUGAGGAACAGUAGCAAGGAGAAAAUAUAAAUGAAAAAUUCCAUCAUGUCUAACUUGACUCGACAUUUGCAUGAUGAAUUUCUAUACUUUAUGCUCUACAUAGUCAAAUUAUUGGAAAAUCUGAGUUCUGACACAAUUAUAGUAAUUUAUUAGGAAUUACAACUUAGAAAUAAAUAUGAACUCUGCCAAAACAAGAAUGUUGAUGAAAUGCAGAAAACUUAAGUGGCCAAUUUAAUAGUGUUCCUUUUGUUGUUCAUAAACUGGUAGUACUUAUUUUUGUGGUUCAUGAUCAUCUUUAGCUGUUGGCGUCAUAUCAGCUGUAUUUUAUUGUACAGUAAUCAGCUGUGCAGUUCUAUUCAGCUGUCAUGUGCAAGUGGGUUUCUUGGCUUAAUUUUUAUUAUUUUUUUUUUUUCUAUAUAUUAUAAAUAACCUAUUAGCUGUCUCCACAACAAAGGAGCAGCAUGAUUUCUAGGCUUAUUUUGCAUAUGGAAACUAUAUUUCUUUACAAUUGUUUCAACUCACUGAUGGAAUAUGUCACAAAAACCCAUAAAGUGAUAUAAGCAGAACUUAAGGGUAGAGAAAAUAUUUAUAUUUUUAUACUUAUAUUUCUAGGGAAAGUGUGUGUGU